GCGCGAAAUUUGUUGUGUUAGCUGUAUACAGCAUUCUUCGUCGAUGUAAGUAGCUCCUAUGUACUUACUGAAUCAUCGUGCCAAGCAACCUUUUCACUUGCUCAGACUGCUACAAAAACAUACUUUGGUUAAUAUUCCUCAAAGCAACCAGUCUCCAGUUUGUAGAAAAAGCUAUAUACAACAACAAUUUUUAUGGCCUAAUGUUCUAUUCAGGUCGCCACUUGGUGUGUUUUGAAGGGAAAAAUAGGCGCUUUAAUAUAGAUAUCGAUCUAGGUCGUUCCGACACAAUGAAGGACUUGGAAAUAAGAUUAACAGCUGAUGACGACUUAUAUUUUCUUUAUUCCAUAAGAAUUACGGCAGAUGAGUUUGCCAAAAUUAAGCAGCAACAAGGUUUGCUCAUUAAUUUCAAUGAGUUUGAACAAAAAGUGGCAGAUUUAUUACGUAUUUGCUUACAAGACGAGACGACUGAGCGUCCUAAAUAUGGACUCCGAUUUUCCAGAAACACUGAUGAAAAAGAUAGUGGUUUAUUACAGAUAAUUGAAGCCACCAAUUUUAAGUAUCUCCACCAUUUAAGCCUCAAUCUGUAUGCAGCAGAUGACGAAAAGCUCAAACUGUAUCUAGUUAACAGUUUAAAGAAAUAUAAGGCUGAAAGUGAAACAAUUAUUAAGCAGCUCAACCAUUCUGUAUCGGAGCUGACGUUAUCUCUAAAAUCUGCAGAAGAGGGUACGAGGUGUGUAAUAAAUGAGUUUGAAGCGUUCAAAAUAGCAUGCUCAACUAAAGAGAAUAAUCUUCGGGCAGAAAAUGAGUUGGCUAUGAAGGAGUUGCAGUCGAGACAUGAUGAGGUAAGAAUGAAGUUGGAGGAGUCUAUUUGUAAAGAAAAAGAUUUAGCCAACCAGAUGCAAGAGGAGCUUCAUAAAGACUUUAAAAGUCGCUUGGAUUUGGCAUUGAACAAGAACAAAAAUUUACAAGACCAUCAAUCUGUUCUACAAACGCGUGUGGAAAAACUUCAAGUGAAGCUAAAGUUUACAGAAACUGAAAAUAUUUCUCUCAAUGAAGAAAUCAAAAACAUCCGUUCUCAAUUGGAUACAAUUAAUCGAGCAUAUGAUUUACAAACAGAAGUCGUAAAUCAAUUACAAACAAAAAUGUCCAUACUGGAAGAGAAUAUUACUGUGAAAAGUAAACAAUUAUUAAAUUUAGAAAAUUCAUUAAAUCAACAACAAGAACAAAAGGUAAUUGUAGAUCAUUAUAAUAAUAAUAAUAAUAAUAAUAAUAAUAAUAAUAAUAAUAAUAAUAAUAAGUUUACAUGUUGCACACAAUUACUAGAAAAAUCAGAACAACAUUGUCGUAAUAUAGAAAAUUUAGAGAAACAUUUAACUUCAAAUACGGAAGAAUUAAAUAAAGCCAAUGAAAUUAUUAAACGUUUACAAAAUGAAGUGAAGAGUUUACAAUCAAAGGCUAAAUUACGUGGUCAAGUAGCCAUGGAACAAGAACGUUUACUAGUUUCAAAAGACACUGAAAUCCGAACACUACGAGCUAAAUUAGAUAAGUUAGAAGCAGAAAUCACAAAUGUCAAAAAACAAAAUACUCAGUUAGUUGAAGAGCAUAAUCAAACCGUGCAAAAUUUAGAAGAUGCUGAGAAAACAAUUAAGUCAAAUGAAACAAUUAUCGCUUGGUUAAAUCGACAGAUUGCCGAAAAUGAUUCGGGUUAUGUACAAAAUCGUUUGAAGUUGUCAACUUUUCCAGUAAUCAGUAUGCCUUCUGGAGUAAUUGAUUCCCUUACUACAAAUAAUACAAUUGCCUCUCCUAGAAAUGAUAAAUCCUCAGCAAUGGAAAAUAUUCCUUCACGUGUAUCAUUAACGCCACAUUCACAAGCUUCUCAUAUGGUCUCUUUACUUAACACACAUACACCAGUCACAGUGUUCUCCUCUACAAAUACCAACAAUACCUUACAAACAGUUGAUAAAAAGCUGUUAGAUCUACCAACCAGUUCGAAAAGUGUUCCUUCUGCAAUAAUGGAUAACACGAAUUUCCCACCUACAAUACUUUCAACUCAUUUACCGCUAACCACUUCCAACUGUGUGAAUCCUAAAGAAAAUUGUGAUUUAUAUCUUGUUACAGAUGCAUUGAAUUAUCGUAAUUCAAAUUCUUGCAAUCCAUCUCAAUUAGCUGACAACAUAUCAACUACAAAAUUGACCAAUUGCACUGUUAAACUACGCAACAGUUCCAAUCACAAAUUACCAUCAACCAAAUGUUCAGGUCCCAUUGAUUUUAUCAAUGAUGAAGAGUAUCAUCAACAAUCACUAGCGUCGGCCUAUUUCCCUCAAGUAUCAUCUCCUCCUUGAAUUUGCAUUCCAACUUCAAGUAAAACAAGUGUCGAUGAUCUCUCCCUCCCUCCCUCCCUCCACUAUGUGUUUAUUACAACUAGUGAAUCUGCGAUGGAUCAGUUCGGUUACAGUGUUGUUUUGUAUUGCUACUUAUCAUUUUAUAAUACUGUGUACAUUUGUUGUAAAUAAUAACUAAGUUUUCUGUUUG